CAGUCGGUCAGGAAGAGGAGAAAGGCGGACGCAGAAACAUCAAGCGAUGGCUGCUAUCAGGAAGAAGUUGGUGAUAGUUGGUGAUGGUGCAUGUGGGAAGACCUGUCUUCUCAUCGUUUUCAGUAAAGACCAGUUCCCAGAGGUCUACGUCCCCACAGUGUUUGAGAACUAUGUGGCAGACAUUGAAGUGGAUGGGAAGCAGGUAGAGCUAGCACUUUGGGACACAGCAGGACAGGAAGACUAUGACAGACUGAGGCCUCUCUCUUACCCUGACACUGAUGUUAUUCUGAUGUGCUUCUCUGUUGACAGCCCUGACAGUUUAGAGAAUAUUCCAGAAAAGUGGACACCUGAAGUGAAACACUUCUGUCCGAAUGUUCCCAUCAUCCUGGUGGGCAAUAAAAAAGAUCUGCGCAAUGAUGACCACACCAGACGAGAGCUUGCCAAAAUGAAACAGGAGCCAGUUAAGUAUGAAGCCGGCAAAGAGAUGGCAAACCACAUCAGUGCCUAUGGCUACCAAGAGUGUUCUGCCAAAACCAAAGAUGGUGUGAGAGAAGUCUUUGAGAUGGCAACUAGGGCAGCACUGCAGGCCAAGAAACAUGGCAAGAAGACCACCUGCCUUCUUUUGUAGGCCCUGGGAGAAGAGGGAGCUGCCUUCAAGCACAGAUGUAAAGGGCAGCUUCCAAUGUCAUUUGACAUAGGGGAGAAAAUUGGGGAGGGCCCAGAAAAAGUUUUGCGGAUGCUUAAUUUCUUAUCACCCAACUAUCCUCAGCAAAUUAAAGCAGGUCUUAAAUUAUUUGAUAGGCUCCUACACCUUGGCCCUUGGUCUACGCAUUAGAUUAUGUGCCAUUGUGCUCUUGCCUAUCAAAAAACCUCAGAUCUAGAAGUCUGUAGGGCAGGUUGUGCAGGGUGAUUUGAAGUUGAGUAGAUGUGAAUAGGGUUGAAAUGUGCCAAGAUGAAUGAAAAGAGAAAAGGUCCUUACCAGGCCAAAGACAAUUGGGACAUGACGGAGAAAGACAUAAAAAAAAAAACAAGAUAACUAUAAAACAAGUUUGAGUUAAGACCAUGUCUAAGUGGAUUUUACACAGUAUCGCCUACAUGUAGUGCCUUGAGAGCAGUGGUCAAGAAGAGUAAGUUUUCGGGUUGGGACUCAUAACUUAGAUGGGGUAUUAUUUUGUCAUUUGUAGUGUCCACACAUCACAUUUGUGAAUGCUUUCUCCCUGUCAUUGGCUUUGCUCCUUCAGGCCCAUAUUCUGACUCAGGCGCUAUGCAGGGGUAUGCCUAAACUAGAUUGUAUGAGAGAUUUUUCCCAUACUGAAUUACUUACCUGAACUUUCGAGUGUGUGUGGGUGCUUGUGUGCAACUGUAUGGUGGUUUGUUUUCUCCAGUGCAGGUCUGCAUGCAGUGAAUGUGUGUAUAUUUGUGGGGGGGUGUAUUAACAUAUGUGUCUAUGUACUGUAUGCAUGGAGAGGCCUUCUGCGUCACUGACCUAACCCAUUGUUUCCAUGCCAAAGUUACCCCUGAUGGCCAAAUUUUAUGGCUCAGAUGGGUAAUGGAAUUAACAGUUACUCAGAGUGACAUAGAAACUUUCACUUUACUGGAAUACAUUGUACUAUAUACCUAGAGGCACAAUCAGGUUAAACAUAUUUUACGUUUUUAGGACCUUUUUUGUGUUUUCCAGAGAUUCAUUUGAUUUUGUUAAUCAGUGGGUCAAAUCAUGAGCGGUGUAGUUGAUAAGUUGAAUAUUCUUUCAGAUAGACAUAUAGGCUUAUCUUAUUACUAUAAUGUCCAUUAUGUACUGUAUGUCUUUCAAGGCCUUGUAAGGACAUGUUAAUGAUGUGUAUUUCAAGUUUGCCUUUUACUCAACUCUCCCAUCCCUCCUUUAAUGGUAUUGUCAUCAUUGUACUAUAACUUUUUAUUGUUGAUGCCUCUAAUUUUCUUAGUAUAUUUUAAUCAUUUUACUUAAUCCUGCUGUUAUGAUCAGUUUCUGUCAAUGAUAAAUUGUAACCGUAGUAUUAUUCUGUUUAGUUAAUAUAAGGUUAAGUUUGGGGUCCAAGGCUGGAAGGUUAUGGGGGUGGUCUACUUUUUCUUUUUCUUUUUUGUACUGUGACAUAUAAAGGUUUUUGUUUUCUCCAAAUAAAGCUGAUAUUAGGGUUUUCUGUUGUAAGAUAUUUAUCUGUUCUUCCAUUUAUUCAUUAAUAAUACAAAAAUAUCCCCUAUAUUUCUGGCAUUAAUUUUAUUUUAUUUUUUUCCCAAAUAAAAAAACCUUAUAACCCCUCAAAA